AUGACUGAAGACAUUAAAAUAAAGAAGAGAAGAUCUUCAGAUGAAGAUGAUAAAUCCAUAGAGAAGAAAAAAUUGAAGAAGGAAAAGAAGGAAAAGAAGGAAAAAAAAGAUAAGAAGGAUAAGAAAGACAAAAAGGAAAAGAAAGAUAAAAAGGAAAAGAAAGAAAAGAAAGAUAAAAAAGAAGACAAAGAAGAACCAGUUGUUGAAGCUAAACCAGUUACCAAAUCAACAAGUUCCACUUCAGGUUAUCAAGAAAGUUCAGAAUUAUCAGCUGUCCCACAAUCUGAUGUUGAUGCAUUUUAUAAAGAAAAUGAUGUUACAGUUGAAGAUCCAAAUUCUUUAAAAUUAAGACCAUUAUUAUCAUUUUCUCAUGUUCAAUUUGAACAAAAAAUUCAAUCAGAUAUUGCAAAAUUCCCAAAACCAACUCCAAUUCAAUCAGUUUCAUGGCCAUAUCUAUUAUCUGGUAAAGAUGUUAUUGGUGUUGCAGAAACAGGUUCUGGUAAAACUUUAGCAUUUGGUGUUCCAGCUGUUGAUAAAUUAAUUAAAUCUGGUGACUUAAAACCUGUUCAAGUUCUUGCUGUUUCACCAACAAGAGAAUUAGCUUCACAAAUUUAUGAUAAUUUGAAAACUUUAACUGAUAAAGUUGGAUUAAAUUGUGUUUGUCUUUAUGGUGGUGUUCCAAAAGAACAACAACGUAGAGAUUUGAAAAAAGCACAAAUUGUUAUUGCAACUCCUGGUAGAUUAAUUGAUUUGAUGAAUGAAGGUUCAGUUAAUUUAUCAAAUGUUCAUUAUUUAGUUUUAGAUGAAGCUGAUAGAAUGUUAGAAAAAGGUUUUGAAGAAGAUAUUAAAAAUGUUAUGAGAAGUACUACACAUAAAGCAAGACAAACUUUAAUGUUUACAGCAACAUGGCCAAAAGAAGUUAGAGAAUUAGCUAGUGGUUUCAUGAAAGAACCAGUUAAAGUUAGUAUUGGUAAUAGAGAUGAAUUAAGUGCAAACAAGAGAAUUACACAAGUUGUUGAAGUUGUUGAACCUUUCAGUAAAGAAAACAAAUUAUUAAGUUUAUUAAAACAAUAUCAAUCAGGCUCUAAAAAAGAUGAUAAAGUUUUAAUCUUUGCCUUAUACAAGAAAGAAGCUUCAAGAAUCGAAAGAUUAUUAAUAAAUAAAGGUUAUAAAGUUGCAGCAAUUCAUGGUGAUUUAUCACAACAACAAAGAACUCAAUCAUUAGAUAAUUUCAAAAAAGGUCAUUCUAACCUAUUAUUAGCUACAGAUGUUGCAGCAAGAGGGUUAGAUAUUCCAAAUGUUAAAACUGUUAUUAAUUUAACUUUCCCAUUAACUGUGGAAGAUUAUGUUCAUAGAAUUGGUAGAACAGGUAGAGCAGGUGCGUAUGGUACUGCCCAUACUUUAUUCACUGAACAAGAAAAACAUUUAAGUGGUGCUUUAAUCAAUGUUUUGAAAGGUGCUAAUCAACCAGUUCCUGAUGAAUUGUUGAAAUUUGGUUCUCAUACAAAGAAAAAGGAACAUGGUGCUUAUGGUGCUUUCUUUAAAGAUGUUGAUAUGACUAAAAAGCCAAAGAAGAUUACCUUUUAG